AUGCAGAUCCUCUUCCAUCCUCGAUUACGCACCACGCUUUCAAAAUCCCUUCAAAGGGAGAUUCGAGCUCGAGUAUGGGCGCGCUACAAGUCUCAGACCCCUCGGCCCUCGAGACGACAUGAAACCGUUUCUCCGGCGCCCAAGGACCUCACCGCAGCGACUUCGCGCACUUCCUCUCCCGCGGGCGCAGCCGCAGCCGCCAAAUUGAGCGUGCGACGAGGACCUCCUGAACGCAUACUGGUCUAUUAUGGAGGAACCGGUCGGUCAAUGUUCCUCGGCAUACUGCGAGUCACCACGAUUCUUCUCUUCGGUGGAGCCUGCUUGAUCGUUGCUCCCUCCUGUUAUGAUGACGAGAAUGCGUGGUACAUUACACCACUAGUUGUCACCGGUGGCGCAUUGCCCAUGCUGUUCGUUGCCUAUACCUGCGCACCGUACGUCAGCUUCAUCCACCUCGCGCUUCCUGCGUUUGCAAGAAAGUCGCGCGAGACAGCACUCCAUUUCGCAAAGGAUUUACCACCGACAACGACACUGAUCCUUACCACGACACGAUUCAACGCAAUUCCCCGUCAGACGGUGGUCCGACUAGGGGAUUUGACACCAGAUAAGAGUCCCUUCCGGCCUGUGAGUUUUCGUACAUUGAAUCCGGGGCCUCGUCCCUGGUGGAUGGGCAAGCCAGCCACGCAAUUUUUUGCCGCCGAUCAAAGUCAGCCGGGGAGGCAAUCGACUGCAUUUUAUCCAGAGUUGUGGCCGGAUAUCUAUAAGAAGAUUCAGAGUCAAGCCAUUAGGCGACGAUAA